UUGACAGCACGGGCACGUCAAAAUACCAUGUCAACAAAGUUUGCGUUGGAGCAGAAAGUAAAAAAAAAGGUUCACUCCGCGGUGCUGGCGAGAGGGCACGGACAAGAAACAAUAAAAUAUUAAGAAGUACUUUGAGCCGUUCUGCAAACAAUGCUCACUUUAUCGCCAUCGAGCGCACAGCCGGACACGAUGCGAUAAAGGUGCGCGGAUUCGGUGCCAUUUUUCGUUCGGUCGGUGAGCAAAGCUCGUGCAAACGUGUCGGUGUCGGGGCCCCUGCAAGCAGUGGUGCAGAUUUUCUCCCCACCCUCCCCUCAUCUGCUCCCCUGUCCAAUUUGGCUCGGAAUAAAGUUGCCAAUGUGCUGCAAUUCGUUCGCCAGCGCUACAUUCCGGACGGGGGUACGGUGGGCAAAGGGAAAGUGAAAGUGAAAACGGUGUGCCUGAAGUGAAGGGAAAGCUAUCGUGUACCAGGGGGUGGGCGUGAGGAGAGAAAGAAGAGGUUUGGGAGGAGUGUCAAUCGGCAGCAGCGAGCGAGUAUGUGGACGAGGAACACUCCCGGACGAACGCGGUGGAUUGUGAUGGGGGCGGCGGCCCUGUGGAUGCUGCUGGGGGCGGGGGUAGGCGAGCUGCCCAUGGCCCGCGCUGCCCACCUGACGGGCACGUUCGAGGUGGACGAGUUCUUUCGCUUUCUGCACAAGUUCGGCUUCCAGAAGACGGAGAAACACUCCCAGAAGGACACGGAGUGGGACACGUUCGGGUACAUCUACGGCAACAUUACGUCGAGCGUGAACUUUACCGUGCCGGUGACGCUGGCGGUGCUCGACAAGCGCAGCUUUCUCGAGUACUACGCGAACCGGAACGAUUACGACCGGGACGUGGCCUGCCAGCGGAUGUUCGAGAAGCUGGACAAGAUCGUGUACAGCCGGGCGUGCAAUCCGCACGCGGAGGCGGACUACCUGCGGCGCAUCCCGUGCGAGCCGGGCAAGCUGUGCGUGGACGAGGACACGCGGGAAAACGUCGUCCCCGGGAGCCAGUUCACGUUCGUCAUCAGUGAUCCGAACGUGCCAAGAUUCUGGUACGUGUCGAUGGUAGCCUGUUAUCAGAAUGUGUCCACCUGCCAGUGGCAUCAUUACGACUAUCGCAAGUACCACCCGGAACCGCCGGCGAUAAACUACGAUAUAACGCUCGUGAACGGGAACCCGAACCGGCAGACGCUGUCGUUCUUCAAUCCGCUGCUGUUUCACUUCUCCUUCGACCAGCAGAACACGCUCGAGAUGUAUUUGAUCUUUUUCGUCGUGUAUCUGCUGAUGGUGCCGCUGCAAAUCUAUGCCGUGCGGUUGCAGAAGCACCCGGUGACACGGCUGUUUACCGUCAGCCUGGUGCUGGAGUUUGUCAGCGUCUGUCUGCUGCUCACGCACACGGUGCGGUACGCGAUGAACGGCGUGGGCGACGAGAAGCUGGCCAUUAUGGGCGAUAUAUUUGAUAUCUUUAGCAGAACCUCAUUCAUGCUCAUACUGCUGCUGCUGGCGAAGGGGUGGGCCGUGACGCGACUACAGAUCAGUGUUAGCAGCUGGAUACUGCUGAUGGUUAUUUGGAUACCCUACUGUGCCAUACACGUGCUGCUGUACAUAUGGAACAGAACGGAAGUUGAUAUUAUCUCCGACAUUGACGAGUAUCAGACGUGGCCCGGCUGGCUGGUACUUGCCUGCCGCUCCACGAUGAUGCUCUGGUUCCUGUGGGAGCUGCGCACCACGAUGAAGUACGAACACUCGUCGCAGAAGCUGGACUUUCUGCUUCACUUCGGUGCUUCGAGUCUGGUGUGGUUCAUCUACCUGCCGAUCGUGGCCAUCAUUGCUGUGAACGUUAGUCCGCUGUGGCGGUAUAAGCUUUUACUAGGUAUAACAAAUUCUGCCGACUGUUUGGCGUACUGUGUGAUGAUGGGUUUGCUGUGGCCUAACCGUGCCGGCCAAUACUUGCUGCUGACGGGAACAAACUUUGGUGGUAUGGACGAACUGGACGAGUUCAAUGAAGCACCGCACAUAGUGCACCGGGACUCGGACACGCUGCACAGUAGCAACGGUGAUCUAGCGAUAGACGAUUAUUUAGACAACGAGGACGAUGAGAUAGAAACGCUCGUGCUCAGUACGGACGAUUUGCUGCACACGGGCAGCUCGUACGCAGUCGGCAGUGGGUCCGGCAGUGGUGGGGGCAGCAAACCACUCUCCCUGCACAAUGGUAGCGCCCUGAACGGUGGCAUUGGCAAAGGGGGACGAUCGUUCGAUUAGAUUCCCUGGCACGCUCGGGCGUAUAAGUGAAUGCCGCCCAGAGAGAGAGCGAGUCUCCCCCUCAACGGCACACCGGUUAAAAACGUAAACGACGAAUCUUUAGAACGAAUUUAAUUCACCCAUUACUGUAACGGUGUAGCAGGGCGGAGGUGCGCCAUGUGGGAUUAUUGUGGAUGUUAUUAGUCCCCAUCAACAAAACAUACUCUUGGCCGUUUAUCGUGUAAAAAAAGAAGCAGAAAACACCCCUUUUUGAAGCGUUUUGAAAUGAUACGGUACACACGACGACAACGGCGACGACGCCGGUCCCACCCGGUCCGGUCCCGGUUCACUCUAGCCUGCCAUUUGAGUGGCGCUCUAAUCUGGUCAUAAACUGAUUGUUUUAAGAUAAAAUACACUCGUCGAUACUAUCGCACCUUGGCACAUUGCAAAUUGGAGCAGACGACGAUAAGCUGCGUCGCGUGCGAUAGUGAAAGUCAAAAUUCUUCCAUUUCUUAUACAAAUAUUCGUAAUUUGAUAUUUCUCCCUAUCCGUUUGGGGAUAGUUCAUCUCACGGAUAGGAUCAUUUCCAUUCGAGCGCACGUCGGGAGGUAUGGAGUCGCAAUGGAAGCCCGAUUGCGACGAUCGGGUUCUGUACCUUCUGUGUGUAUAGUAUCAACCGUAGCUAAAUUUAACGUAAACGGACUGGUGACACUUAGGCAGCGGGGUGGCAACGGUCCAAAGAUAAAACAAAACAAAAGUAUUGUGUGAUAUGAAAUUUCAUAGCAAUUAUGCAAGACGGAUGAGAUAAAUCUAAAAUAACCUUUUACCUGUGUAAGACCAUUAGGCGGUAAGGAUGGGUCGGCAGCAGUGAUACUGGUGAAUGUGUAGUGAGCAUGCCAAUUUUAAGCUUUUCCGUUUCUGUGCUGUGCAAAUGUGCGCCCUGGACGCGCACAAGGGUAGUAGUAGUAGUGUAGUGUUGAGCACUGUUUCACACCGAAAGCCCACUGGUAUGCUGGUAUGAGUAAGUCAGCUGAUUAGUAUUUAGUUGAUAAGGUAUGUCAGCGUGCAAAGUGUACACAUACCGUAGGGAGAGUGAUCUAAAGAUUCUCUACUUUUAAUUAUCGUUCCGAUUAGUUGAUAUACUUUCACUUCCAAAACCGUAACUCACAACCAGCAUCGAGAGUUAGUUAGCGCGUCUGCUGGAUCGUAUUACAACUUCAAUUCAAUUACACAACUCACUUGCUCAGUGCAAUUCACGUCAAUAUAUGGAGAAUGCUCGUUAGAAGCGCUUUUAUCUUACACGAAUCUAUAUCUAUACCUAGAGCACUCGGCAGAAAAUUACUCAAAUUUAUCUAUCUCUUUCUCUGUGUGCGUGUGUGUGUGCUCACAAGAUUUUAGGAAGAAAGGAGCUCUUGUUUUUGGUCUGCGUACUUUGCUACUCAAUUUAAUUCUCUUAUCCUCUAGAAUGGUUCUGCAAUGAGAAGAAUAUUGCGAAAAAGCGAUAACCAAAAUGGAUAUAAAAAGAGAGAGAGAGAGAGAGAGAGAGAGAGAGGGGGAAAAGGGUAAUAUUAGCUUAUAAAAUAACCAUCAAGCGAUACCGCAGUUGAUUGUUGUUUGAACCUAUUUAAAUGGAGUACCGCUGCGACAUUAUGUCUGCGGAAGAUAAUUUAUAUGUAGCGCGCAAACAAAAGCACAUUUAGCAGAAAUGCUGCAAAAUAUAGAUCAAAACAAACCAAACACUUGUGUAGCGCUUAACCAAACUUACACGAAACACACAGAAGACAAGAAGAAAUGAAGAAACCCAACACUCAUACACAGACACGUAAUUUAACAAUGCCUGCAACGUAAAGUACCUUUUUUAAAUUAAAGCUUUGCUGAGAGUCAUAAACAGAUGAGUAGCAAAAUUAGCUUAAAUAGAAUGGCAGAUCGUUUAAAUAGAAUGGCAGAGAAAGAGAGAGAAAUAAAGGAAGGAAGCAAUAUAACUAGAAACGAAGAUAUUAAAACUCAUCCCAAAACCCCGACCAAGGGAAGCAACAUAAACACUCAUUUUAAAUUUUUAACUCAAUAUCGCUGUAGCAAAAUAAGACAAAAACACUGCUGCUUCGUAGGCUAUGCUCAAAACGAUCGUUAAAGUGAGGUGAAAUUCAAUUAGAUGAAACAGAAAAGGCUAACAAUACUGUUGAGACACGUACGCCCGGUCGACUUUAAGAGUAUGUUCAUCCGAAUCGUUCAAUGGUAAUAGAACAAUUUUAUAGAAUAACAAAGAAAACACUCUUUGUUCAAACUGGACGUUAUGUGUUUGUGAUGGUAUCAGUUUUACGAAAACAAAAAUAUCUACAGAUCUAUAAUAAGGUGUGUUUGUGUGAGAAAGUUUGCGUGUUUUUGUCCCAAAAGCUGUAGAAGAAUCCUUUUAUUCGUACGAUCGACUAUUACGUAAACUUACAAAAUUAUACGACCCAACAACGGUGGAGUCGCUGUUUUUGUGUGGAUCAGAGUUCUAAAUGGGCAUUUUGUAUUACUACACGAAACAGUUGGAAGACAUUAGAGAAAAUAUAAAAAAAAACAACAGAAAUAACGGUGCGCAGCGAGUGAGUUGUGAUAGACCAAUAAGAGUAUUUUUCUACUACUAAACUACAACUUAACGAAACUGAGGCUGAGGCGGAGCGGAGGCGCCUUGGUAUGAUUGUUCGAUCACUCAUUAAAUGGUACUAUACGGCUAGGGAGGUCGCCGGGAGUGCAACUCACACACACACACUCUCUCUCUCUUUAUCUGGUGCGUCAAACCACUUCCAAACAACUAUUGUGCAAAACGUUUGCAACCGAAAGUGAAGUAAAUGUCAACAGGAGGGUAAACAAAACUUUACUUGUACAAAAGACAAACUACGAAUAGCUGUGGGAAAAUAUGAAAAUUAAACUUAAAUUCUUAAUUAA